AUGGACGUUCACUUUCUACUACUGCUGUAUGCCCUCCUACUGCAGCAUUACACAAUGCUUGUUGCCGACCUCAGCGCCCUCCUCCCCCUCCUCGCCCAUCCCAUCGACCUGUUCGACGCCCUCGCCGACUCCUUCCUCUUCAUCACCACGACCCUCAUCCGCCAGCUCCUCGCCACAGCGCUCACAGGCCGCGGCCCGCACCGCCUCGCCUGCCGCCUCAUCGUAGUCUUCGCACUCACGGUGACGAGCGCAGUGGCAACGACGUUGUGCGGCUUCGCCUGGCUCUCCCGGUGGGCAUGGGGCGCGCUGUGUGCCCUGGUAGGAAUCCCGGGAAUGGCAGGGCUAGGCAUCAGCGAAGUGGUCAGCUUCCUGACCACGGAUCAUGUCCUAGCAGAGGGCUUGCUUCAUUAUCUGACGAUAGUGACGGCGAGGUCGGCGCGAAGGGCGCCGCCGCCGCCGACUAGGGCGCCUUGGACGUCGAAUUCGUCCGAGGCCGAUGCCACGACCUUCGGCUCCCACGCUGAUGCCGCCGCGCGUGCGGCCCCCGUCACACCUGAGCCGCGCUACACGAGCGUCGUCGACGAGUGGAGGCAUGCUGUUUACACCGAUGAAGACUUCCAGGAGGACGACGCGGUGUCGACGUCGGCGACAACCUCGAGCGACACACCAGUAUACUCCGACUUCCAAACUUCCUCCCUUGCCCUCGUGCUCUACAACGGGUCAAUGCGCUCGUCAGCCUCCACUGCGGCCGGACAUGCACUUGUGUCUGCCAGCGGCUCCUCCAUGCCUACGACACCGUUCCGCCGGGCACAACAGAGCAUCACUGCUCCAGCACCGACUCGGCUUUGUGAACCCGUAUCAAGGCUUCUCCUCACACCCUCCCCUGCUCAUGCUGAGGACUACGACGAUGAGACAUUCUUCGCCGCAAGUGACAACUCGCCAUCAUCGUCGCAAUCUUCGUCCCCUUCAUCAUUGUUCGACACAGGCCGGUCCCUGACCCCAUUCACUAUGCUAACAUCUCCGGACUGGAGCCCCGUGAAGCCCUUCGUGAAGAAGAUCAGCACAUCCGUGGCCUGCCAGACCGACGAUCUCUCCAAGCCGGCGCAACUCGACACCGCUGAGCCGGCUGAAUCUAACACCGUCGAAAAACCCCGGCCUGCUGUUGUCACCAAAGAAACCCACUCCACCGAGCCUCGCGCAGAGCAAACCGAGCGAUGUGGAUCGCUUCUGUUCUGUGGCCUCACUUCAGCUCAGAUCGAGAGCCUGCUCGUUCGUUCGAAGCCGAUACAGCCCGGCGAGUCGAACGACGUCGCUAUCGAGAUCCGUGUUGAUGUCGAGACGGUCGUGGAUAUUGAAGAGACCUGCCCGGCGCUGAAAAUGGUUGAUCUCGGCAUAGCCACUGAAUUCAACAUGCCCGACGCUCCUGAAGCCGUCUCCCCUGUAUCCGCCACAAACUCCCCAGCAUCCAAUCCCUUGCCCAGCAUCGCGCCACCCUCCAUCAUCAUCACCCCUCCCUCUCCGGGCGAGCAGCGCGCGAAAGAGGUCGUCAACGUCCAAGAUGAGCAAGUCAUGGACGGAAGCAAAGAAGCUUCGGCAACCGCCGAAGUGUUUGCUGCCGUCCCAUUGCCCAAUGUCACUGUCUGCGACGAUUCGCAUGCCAGUAACAUUCCUGAGAAGCCUGCGAGCAGUAACGUCCCUGAACUCAGGCCUUCUCCGGAAGUAUCCAUUCCCAUCCCCUCCCCCAUCCCGUCCACCAAAGCUACACCAUCCCAAUCCCUCGACUCUGACGGGACAUACACACUUGCUAACGUUCGACUUCCUGCCCUCGAAGAGCAGCACCUGAACAAAGGAUUCGACCGCUUGUCCAUCGCUGACGACGGCUAUCCCACCCCGAAGCGCGUCGAGAAGUACCCGCUCGCAGCGCCUACUCUUUCACCCAGAUAUUGCACGCCAGGACGAUAUGUUCCGACGCAUGCACUGAUGCUCACGUUUGCCCCAAUUCCCGCCGAGAGCAUGACGGAGGUCGAGGUGACCGAGACCGUCGAGCUCAUGGUCACUGAGCCGAUCACAACCACCGCGCCCAACAUCGCUGCUCUUCCCCAAGUUCUUGCGGACGUUGAUGUAGUCAUGGUCGCAUCGCUCAACCCCAUUGUUCAGCAGGCUACCCAGACCCCGGACCAAGACAUGGCCCUUAUUCAAUCUCCGUUGAAGUUCUCAUCCAUCAAUCUCCCUCUUCAGCCGCAUGCCCUCACUACAACUAUGAAGCCGUCGAAGAGCGGUCAACCGACGAUGUCGCAGAUCUAUUACCCUGGCUCGACCUCGAUCGCCUCUGCUAGUAAGGGGAAAGCCGUCGACCCCGCGGAGCGCCCUCAUGCUUUACAAGGAGAUCCUCCGCACGCGAAUCUGGCUAACUCAAGGCGCUGCGCUACGCAGCAGAACGCUCAACAGCCGAGCGCCUCGCAGGUGUGGUCAGAGCAUAUGCGCGUGGCGGCGCAGUGUGCAGUCUCGAAAUCCAAGCUGUCCAGUCCCUCAAGAGUCGACCGCCGCGACGACACGCCCAGGCUGAAGACGGGACCAAUCAUCGUUGGCGCAAGCGUCAGCCGCCCUUCCAAGCGUCGUGCUGAGAGUAUGGAUCGCGCGGACGCGGAUGUCGAUGUUGUCGAAGAGGGACGGCGGAGGCGCCAAUUUCGUAGUGAGCCCUCUUUGCCCUCUUUGCCGACUAAGGCGGUAUCUUCGCAUCCUAUGCGCACUCGCUCUAAGCGUCGAGACCCCCGUCGAGAUGCGGUUGAGGGUGCCUGGCAGCGAAGGGUGUCCCACGUACAAGAGUUGCAGCAAGUACCGUGGCCGAAGCGGGCUCUACCAAGGGCUAUGAGUGCCCGUGCGGAGGAGACGUCGGCGGAGACGAUCGUCAACCCCCUUGUCGCCCCCGCAGUGUUGGUCACGAACACGAAAACCUUAUCCAGACGCGACGACAUCCGCAGAGCUAGGGCCCUCGCCGAGCCUACUCCCGAGGCCCCUCGCAAGCGCCGUGCCAAUCGCAUGGAGAUCGAGGAUGAGCGUCCUCAAAAGCGCCUGAGAUUUGUGCCCCUACCGGAGGAGAGUGCCAAGGCCUCGCGACCACAGAAGGCUUUGCGCAGACAUCGAAGGGAGCCUUCCCCUUCUGCCUCGAACAAGCAGAUCACGAAUGGGGUCAGUCAGCCGCCAACUGAAGCACAGGAACGGCCCUCGGUGAGCACACAGCGACUUGCUGACAAGCACUCCCAACCCGCGAAGUCCACUUCCAGCAGGGCCUCUGAGCUUGCGGCUCGUCACCGUAUUUCUGUGCACGAGCUUCUGAAGCCCUCCGAGUGCCAGGCAGGCAAGAAGCGUACGGCUCGCGAUGCAGGUCUUCCGACCAUGUCCCGUGAGAAGGCCUCUGCUGCGGCGAAUGCCAUCGAGAAUGAGAUUCUGAACGCUCUGCUGGAAGAACUCUCCGCCGCUGUCUCCUCUGCUGGAUUUGUCGGCUGUGCACUGCUUGCCAUCGCUGUGGACCUUCGCACCGUCCUUGACGUAUCCAGUGCCGUCGCUUCCUCGUGCAUUGUCAACACUCACGCUGCCGUCAACGUCUGCCCUAGGCCUUUCUUCCCAUCGUCACUCGAGCUCUUCCUUUAG